CGGACAGGGGCAAGGGGUUAAAAAACCCUACGUUGGGAAAAUACUUACGUUACUUACCAUUACUUACCACUAUUACAGCAAUUAUCAAUUUAUCUUCGAAAUUAUUGCGACAGUUUGAUAAAUUUUUAUUGUUUCGUUAGUGGAAAAAUUCUUUCAUAACUGGUAGUUUAUUUGUUUGUGGGGAUAAUUCACGAGUAUAACCAAAGCAAUUGCUCCUUACCGUAUUGCCCCGGUUUUUCGUGAAGGGCAUGGGCGUGCAUGUGUCGUUCUGUUCAGUAAGAUUCUUAAUGGCAGAUUGUGGUUGAGGAUUAUUCAGUGACGUUGGGUAUUAUGAAGAGGAUUUGAACGAUUAAUCACGAUCACGAUGAUUUCCGGUGCUCAAAGUGUUUUUAUUUUCAUAAACAAUUGUUUGGCAUCGUUCUUCUACACUUUGUAUUCGCAAGGAUUUUCAGAUAACAAUAUGGAGCAUCAAGGGACUAUUAACAAUUUAUUGAAGAGAUAUAAAUCAUAGAAGAGGAUUAAGAUUUUUUUUUUUCAACAAUUAAUUGAUAUUGAUGGACAAUGGAUUCUCCACCGUCGUGCUCACUUAGUGUUACCGGAGCACUCAGUGAUUUUGGCAGCAGUGGACUUGGUGGAUCUAUAUCGAGUGAUUCUGUUAGAGCCCAACUUGCUAUAGAGAUGCAGGAGAGUGAUAUUGAGUCAAAAUCUCUAUCACAAGAUUCAUUCGACUACUCGGACGGUAUGUGUCAUCAGAACUUCAAUACCCUUAAAAAAGGUCCAGGUUGGGCAGAUUUGGAGCCAAAACUCUCGGUGGAAGAUGUUGCUAUAAAGCCACCUCCAGAGUUCCAAGACAGUCCAUCUCCUCCGGAUUCGGUUAGUUCAAAUCUUCCACUGCUGCAUUACCGUAUUGGAAAAAUAAAAAUUCCCUCGUGGAUUGACGAGCUGGCAGACUCUCUUAUCAACCAAAUGAUUUCCGAAGCCCUUGCCCUCACUUGUCGUGUUUCAUGGCCAGAAAGUGAGCUCACUCCGCCUCGACCUAGCCCUAACCCUAGCUCCUGUUCAGGGCCCAGUUCUGGUCUCGGUUUCGGUCUCGGUCUUGGUCUCGGUCUCGGUCUCGGUCUCGGUCUCGGUCCGGGCCCAGACCCUGGCCCUAGCCCUGAUUCUAGUUCGGGCACUGGCACUGGCACUGGUAAUUUGCCGAUGACCCCCUAUCUUCACCAUCAAACAGCGUCAAAACAACGUUUCUGGGCAUCUGAAAUGUUACCGUCUUCCUCAUCACGACAAGCUAGCACUGCCACUAUAACAAUUACCCCUUACAAUACCCUGAACCGUCCCAAUUCGAGAUGUUCGCUGGCUUCUUCUCGCUUAUCCUCAUCUCACAAUUCUAUAAACACCUCGGGCCUGUGUAAAGCCGACGACAGUAGCUUCAUCACCUCAGCAAUGUCCCACGAUGUUCUAACAACAUGUGAAAUAAGCGAUAUGUACAAUGUUCCCUUCGAUUCAGACAUUUAUACCGUGCCAAUUGACGUUGUUCGACCUCUUCAUGGACUUCGCACACCUCAACGUCCAAAACGCCAUCGUCACCACAGAAAGCGAAGAAGAAAUGUUUCAGCGAGUUCUCAGAGCGAGCUUGAGGCUCACAUUCAACAGGCAAGACACUACUGUGGCAAACCGCGUGCCAUAACCCAUGUGAUCAAGUCCCAGAGACUCUUGGCUGAGGUGUGUUGUAACGAAAAUGCAAAUGGAAAACGCCACAGUGUUCCAGGUACAUCAGGGCGCCAUCGGGCCCCAGCUAAUGAGCACAAUAACAUUGGAGAACCUAUUCACAUGACCCUCCAUGAGGUGAGACAGUAUCUGGAGACACUGUAUUCAAGCUCAAGUGAUUCUAGUGAAAAUAAAAUCAAGCGUGAGAAAUUACCCAGUCAAACGCCCAUUCAUCUUGGCAUGGCGAAGGCCCUCAGUGUAAAUAAUAAUAAUAAUAACAAUAAUAACAAUAAUAAUAAUAAUAACAAUAACAAUAAUAAUAAUAAUCGAUAUAGUAAUCCUCAUACGGAUUCUUCCACUGAUACUCCACUCUCAAAUAAAACCACCAACGGACUGAUUAAUAAUAUCAAUAAUAAUGGAAAUGGACAUGGAAACGGAAAUGGAAGAAAGCAUAAAAAGAGUGGAUUGAUGGUUAAUAAGCAGAAUAAGAAGAGGGAGGAAGGGGGCAAGGAAGGUGGCAAGGGCGAAAUAGAGAGGGACAAAAUGAAAAAGAGUCAGAGAAAUUUUUCGUUGAAUUUAAAGCAAACGUUGUGCAAUAUAUUUAGAUUUAGAAGGCUUGGAUCGCCAGAGAAUUUCGGCGACAAGAGGAAUAGUAUUGUACAGGGAGAAAUAGUAGAGGAAGAAGAAGGGGAAAAUGAAGGGAUUGGAAUAAUUAAUAAUAAUGGUUGUAGUGAAGUUGGAGGAGAGGCAAAGAUGCCAUUUUUUAAGAGGGCUUUACCGCCGCUCCCCAGGAGUAAUGGGAGUAAUGAAAGUGGUAUCGGCCAUGUGGAACAGGGGGAGGAUGCUUUGACGUCGAUUGGAGAUAAAGGGCUCCGAGAGUCACCGGCUUCGGUGCAGCAGGUUAGCCCUGCCAGGGAGGAGGAAUUACCUCCAGAGGAUACCAGUAUGGACUUUGCCGCGAGCAUUGAGAAGGUCAAAGAUUAUGGCUGGUACUGGGGGCCAAUGUCCGGGGAGGCGGCUGAAAAAAUUCUAUCGAAUGAGCCCGAUGGUUCAUUCAUCGUGAGAGAUAGCAGUGAUGAUCAUUAUAUAUUUUCGCUGUCAUUCCGAUUAAAUAGCUGUGUCAGACAUGUGCGAAUAGAACAUGAUCAAGGUAAUUUCAGUUUCGGCAGUUGUACCAAAUUCAAAUCACACACUAUAGUUGAUUUCAUUGAGAAUGCAGUGGAGCACUCGCGAAGCGGUCGCUACUUAUUUUUUCUCCAUCGUCGACCUGUACUGGGUCCAAUGAGAGUUCAAUUGUUGCAUCCAGUUUCAAGAUUCAAACAGGUUCAGUCAUUGCAACAUACUUGUCGAUUUGUCAUCCUCAAAAUGGUCCGGAGAGAUCUCAUUUCCACUCUGCCAUUACCGCGCAGACUUAUUGACUACUUGAGUACACCUCAUUACUAUAGUGAACAAUUGGCCGAACAGGAUGAUCGAGCUGAAUCACCAGUUAGCUCCUCUACUGGUGAAUUAGAGAAGAUUUGUUUUACACCCCAAGGUUUAUCGUGAGAGGUAUUUAUACCUCACAAUCAACUUGUAAUAUCAUUUUUAAUUAUUAGCUCAUCAAUCGUGGAUCUCUCGAAUUAAAAUCCUGCACCAUAUCAUUGUAUCAUUGGGAAAGUGGUGAAAGGAGAUGAGAUUGUUUUCUUUCAUGUUUAUUUUUUGAAUUUUCGAUUUUUACUAUUCCUAAUAAUAAUAAUACUACGUUAAAAAACAUAUUCACUCCAAAUCUCCAUUUACCAUUUUGCUACUGAUAUCUUUUUUUUCCUUUGUUUACUCUGAGUUUUAUUGCGAGUCUACAGUGAACCAGUUUGAACAACGAGUGCUGCUACGAUUAGACAGCAAAAUGCAGCUGGAUGAAUUUUACUAGACUAAUAGUAAAGUAAUGGUUCUAUCGUUUGCUCUUUCGCUGAGCAAUGACAAUUUAGGAAAAAAAUGUAAAAAUGAGAAUUCCAUUCACACAAUAAUUUGCUGACAAAAAAAAUACGGAAAAUUAAGAUGAAGAAAACCAAAAUCAAGUCAUGGAGAAGAAAUAACAAUACGCUUGUCACAUCUUUUAUGAAGAAAAAUAAAAUCAUGUUGAAAAAAUAAUGUCCGACAAAUGAUGAGUGAGGAUGCGAGACAAGCUAAAAUAGGCAAUAAAAUUGCCUAGCAACUGAAAAUAAACCACAUGAAUGAAUGUCAGGCCUUAUGGUGUGAUCAUUCGAAUUAAUGGACUUAUAUCGUGACUGUGAUGCUUGUUUACCAAGCCAAGCAAAAUUAUCAAUUUGUAAUACAGCUAAUCUUUUAUUCAAUCAUUUUAUACGUUCUACCAUUGUUCGAAUUGGUACUUGAAUUGAUGGUGCAAUGUAGCAAGACAAUUUAUAACCAGUGAAAUUGCUUUGUCCUUUACUUCUAAUUUUAUUUGAAAAUUGUGGAAAAUUCUGCUUUGUGUUCUAUUCAAGACACAAGAGGGAACAUUUUAUUGUUGUUUUUUUUUUUUCUUCAUUCAUUCGAUAAUUUGAGAAAUCCAUUUUUUUUUUCUAGGAAUUCUUAUAUUUCUUACUUUUAUAAAACAUGAAUAGACAGAUAGGGAUUGAUCGGAAUCAAUUGGAAAGUGACGAGUUAUAACUUCAAUUGCAAUCGGUGAAUAAAAGUGGUGGGACGUAAUUAGUCGAUUCUUUCGUUUGGUAACCCUUCGCCAUCCUUCACCUCCCGUUUCGUAGUUGCACGCGCCGGGUGGUGUAGCGACACUUUGACGUUUUUCAGUCGGGCCACAAAGUAAAAAUUUUAUUAUGCCACUGUAAACAACUUUUCACUUGUUCGUAAUGAUUUUUUCAUUGGCAAAUGAUGAAAGGUUAAUGAAUCCUUUUUUGGAAAAAAGAAGAAAAUAAUGAACAAAAGAAAAAUGAAACGUUCCCUCAAGCAUCCUUUUAAAAACUUCUAGGAUAAUUAAAUAACUCUGCUAUGAAUUGAUUAAAUCGGGUAAAUCACUUUCCUAAAAUAUCAUUCCUUUUACCAUAACUCAAAAACCAAAUAAACGAGCGAAAUUUACAUGAAUAACUCUCUCCUUAACUUUAAAUUUUUCGGCAAAACAAGAUACUGCAUGAGUGCUCCCUGAUAAAGAAAUGUAAUAUUUACGUUUCACCACUGCAUACGCUCGCUAGUUGAUUCAUAGUUAAUUGUUAGGAACUGUGUAAUUUAAGUUAUACGAGAUGUAUCGGUAUACAUACCAACUGUUGUUGAUUGUUACACGGAAUAUGCUAGUCAUUAAUAAUUACGUUUAGGAUUUGAACUCGAAACGGAUCAUCCUCCUCCGUUAUGGUUACUGAGACCAUCUACAACGCAAAAAAAAGCUUCAUGUUCAUCCUCGAGUGCAUUCUCAUACAAGAUUUCAAGUUACAUGCUAUUGUAGAAAGUGAGAAAGAGAGAGAAUAUAUUUCUAAGUAAUGCAUUAUAGGGCUUCUCUUUUGUUUUUUCUCAUUGAUAAUAACUGUGGAGUGAUUGAUUGGUUCGAGGUUCGUAUCUUAAAUCACACGCAUAGAAAAGUCAUGUAGACAUAUACUACAUAUGACUUUUUUUAGAUUUUCCCAUUGAGAUGAAAUACAAUAGUAUUUUGUAAGAAAAUCUAUGGAAGGCUCUUGCAGAAUAUGCCUAUCGGAUCUCUUCAUAUGUGAUAUUUCUCUACAGUAUUUUCUUUAUUCCAAUAAGGAGAAUGUGUUAAUGAAACUCUCUUCCAAUUUUACAUACAUCUGUUAUGUACGCAACUUGUACCAUUAAAAUAAUUUUUUUUUUCUUUUAACCGAAUGACUUGAUUCUUUAUUAUUGAUUAGAUUUAAUUUACAAAAGUCGAAUGGUCUUCCCAAUAUGUUGUCAAAAUAUAUUUCUCAUAUAUAUCUCUGCUCGACUUAAAAAAUGAAAAAAAAAAAAAAAAUUUUUUUAUUACUGAGAAACUUUCAUUACCAAGUUCAAUUGCUAAUUAAGGUUCAUUCCAACAAAUGAAUGAGCGUUAAGUGAGCAGUCACUUAUAUUCCAUAUUAAAACAAUAAAAAUUAGUUACCCGCUGCGUUAUCAUCACUUUACAGUUUAUAAUUACGUUGUUUUUUUGGUUGGUUUUCGAAUCAAUAAUUACGGGUCAGGGUGGCACAGCGACACUAAUUAAUUUACCUAAAUUUGAUGAUGAUUAACACUUCAAGGAUUAUUUUUUUAUCAUAUAAUUAUAUAUAAUUAUUUAUUUUUAUUUAUAUUAUUAUUUUUUCGCUGUAAAAACGCAUUCACACAAUUAAUGGCCAAAACCAGUUCAAUUGUUAGAGAGGAAAAUAAAGGAAGAUAAUGAACAAUUCAAUUCACCACCAAAAGAUUGAGGAGAUUUCGAUGACUUACACAGAACUAAUAUAAUCAGAAUUAUAUUAUGCUGAAACCCAUAGGAGGUAGUGGAAGAAAUAUUAACUGAUGAAUUUCCAAUAGAGUUUCCCCAUGGGUAUAUGAAAAUGAUAAUUUUUAAUUUUUUAUGAAUAACCGAAUAACAUGCUUGUGUAUAUAAAAAUCAAAUCAGCGUAAAUACUAAUUAAGAGAGAAAAAUUCUUGGUGAUGAGUCGGCAAAAAUGGAAUUUUUUUUCAGUUGGCUUUAUAGCUAAACUCUAGAAAAAUUUGAUGAAAUAUCAAGAUUGACAUUAGUAUGGGAAAAUGUGAUUGAUUGAGACUAUUGAUUGCCAUAAACCGGAUAUAGAUUAUUGAUUGAAUUUGAUUGACUAUUUAAAUGGAGUAUUGCGCCAUUUAGAUAUACAAAAAAAAAUGAGCAGCUGAAAUUGGUUUAGUGAGAAAAUUAUGCGUGUAGAGAAUAACGUUGUUUCUAAUCUAUUAAUUGGACAAAAAAAGGUCUUAUUUCCUUUUUUCAUUACUCGAUUUUACUCGAUUUUAUAAAUUACUAUCCAUUGGAUAUUAAUAUUGAUGGGCAAGAGAUAUAACAGACUCUAAAUUUAGUUUUCAUUAAUAACAAUAAACAAUAAAAACUAAACGAAGUAAAUGCAUAAAAUUUAAUUAAACAUCAAUAAACAGUAUACAUUUCCAUCCAGAAUGAACAAUACUGCGAUAAGAGAGACAGAUAGCGAGGGCUGGUGAGAGGGAGGGAGGAAGAGAGAGAGGGGCUAGGCAAUGUCAAUGGCAAAUAAAUGAAUGAACAAAUAGUCGAGUACAUAAGUAUUAGCAAAGGUGAACCACAAGUAUGUAAAGUCAACUCUUAUAAUUAAUUGAUUUCAUUGUAUUAACGAAAAAUGAGGAUUUGCACAUUUAUAGAAGCACUUGGGGGAUAAUUAUCCUAAAAAUGAUUAACCAUAAAAAGUUGAACGUUUGAAUAUUGAAAUUAAAA